CCCGGACCGGACAGGUGGGCGCCCUCGGGACUGCGGGCCGGUUCAGCCUGGACUGGCCGGGCCCAGGGCCAGACAGGAAGACCGUUCUACACACGCAGAUGCCUCCGGGGCCGCAGACCAUGAUCCUCGAACCCUGAGCCUCGCAGCCAAGUCAGGGAUGUGCACCCACAGCUCGCAGGGAUGAACACUGAGACCAACAAACGUCACACAUGCAGGCCUCAACCUCACACACAUACGCACUAUGGACAUACAUGUGACUGUAGUACAUACACCCCAACCCACACACAUGAUGGCACGCUGCAAACAGACAUGACCCUACUCGCCAGCUUAGGACUGACAUUCUCCGGCGGUCAGUGGUGACCUUGCAACAAGCACUGAGCACACUGAGCAUGGGCGAUGGGAAGAGGACCCCCCUGCUUUCACCAGGGCAGCCAUAUGCACAGCCACCCAGUGCUCAGUACCUCUGCACAAGGUUGCAGGGGCUUCAAAGAUGGGGGACGCCGGCUGCUUGUAUAGCUAAGGGAUCCAGCCCACAUCCAAGAGCCUGAGUCCCAGAAAUGAGCAUCAGACCUAAAGAAGCCAUCGCUGCACCAGGAAAACUGCGCGGCGUUAAGAGCAUAAAGCAGGCGUGGAUGUGUGUGCCAGCCUGUAUUCCGGGCUGCGUGUAUCACACACAGUUCUGGCACGUGGCCAGUGCGCGCACAGAGACCGUUAUUUCUGUGGAAACGAGCAGAGGAGGGGAUGUAUGUGGUUCCAGGGAUAAAAGUAACACGUACACACAAAUACCAGCACAGGUAACAGCACAAACCCAGGGGGAUGGGAAGUAGAAAACCUCUCUCCAGCUCAGGGUAUUGUCAUCAUCAAGCUGGUGCACUGGCUCAGGCUCUGUGAUGGGGUCUGAUCUCCCUUCCGGGGCAGACAUGAUUGCUUGGUGUCAUGGGAGCCCUGUGGGGAAAGGCUGGUGUGUCAGAGAGCCAUACUGAUAUAUCGUCAAUCCACCAAAAGAGUGAUUUUGUUAACUUUAGGUGGGGGGUGGGAAUGGGGGGACUCUGGGGUAAAAGACUAUCUAGACUGCACCCCUGAAGUCCUGGGUCUGGAAGGUGCCAUUGGCAGUAGCAGAGCAAGUGGUGGCCAGAUACGCCCGCCUGAUGGUGGGCACACAGAGACCACGCCGCAGCUCCUGACAACCGCGGGCAAAAGAGGCAGGAAGUGUGUGGUCCCAGAUGUCCUAUUGGAUCGCCAGGGUGAUUCAUUCUGGAGGCGAGAGAGAUAUUUAUGUGCGCUCAUAUGGCUCUUGGGCUUGGAACUCGGCUGUUGUCCAGGAGAGCCACAGAAGUAGGAAAGUGUAUAGCUCAGAAGAGAAAUGCUGGGAGAUCAACAAGAGAAAGAAAGAGGCAAACGGAAAUUCCUGAAUGGAGAGACAGAUGCGACGUCAUCAGAGCUGCAUCCUCCCGUCCGCUGGAGGCUAGGAGCCCGGGAGACGCUGUCCAGCAGCGGGGGUGACCGAGCAGUUCGCCCUCCCAGGAGCCUGGUGCUGGGCGUCCGAGAAGCCUGUUUCUGGUGUCAUCCCCCAUGUUCUGGGGACAGGUGGACCUUUUCCACCUUCUUCCCUGUGCUGUUGAGAUCUCAGAUCUGGAGCUGUGGGACUCUCUCACCCAGAAGCCGGUGGAUGGAUGCCCCAUCACCCUCCCCACCGUCUGUCAUCCACCAUCCACUCGUCCAUCGGAGCCGCCUCCAGCACCACGGACAGCUCCCGGGCCGGUGCGGGCCGGGAGCCAGCCCUGGAGGGUGGACACGAGGGAGGCGAGAUCAUACGAAGGACUUCCUGCUGGAUCAGGAAUGUGAGUCUUCCUGUGAGUGGAAUUGGGAAGAGAGGAUGGGAGAGAAGGAGGGAGGGAGAGAUGAGGCGUGGCAGUGCCAGAAGAGAUGGGAGCCUCACGGGAGAAGGAACAGGGUGGGGGAGAGCCUCUCCAUGGGGUCCAGUUGCAGACACCCCCCGGGAGGACCGUGGGCCACGUACAAAGUACUGGAGGAAUCAGAACUCGGUGUCAGCGGCCGGAGGAGCGCUUCUUCCUGUGGGACAGGCAGCGUCACGGACACCCCAUCUAGCUGCUCACUGAGCCCAAACCCCGACCAGGCCUUGACCGGCUCUCAGCUAGUUCAGGCCAAGUAAAGGAACAUAUGGAAAGCCUGGGAGCUAGGAAAAGUCUCUGCUUCCGCACUAGAACGCCCCCCCCAACACACACACACACACACACACACACACACACACACACACACGUGCACACACGCACGCACACAUGCACACGUGGGGGAGCUCUCUGGAGAGAGGUGGAGAAGCCAAGAUUGGCCCCCAGCACAGUGAGUGCCCUAGAUCAGGACAGGGGACAGGCUGCUGGGGACUGGAGAGAAGAACAGAGAAGUAGGCUUCAGUCCUGGAAACGCCUGGAAGAGGGAGUGACAGAGCGGGGACGGGGUGUCCAGGGCUGGGCCAGGGCUCUGAGGGGAUUCUUCCAGAGCAAGGGGGUGAGAGGCGGAGAGACAGCUGAGCUGAUGAUCUGCCUGUUGCUGGGCAGGGGGGUGGAAUGUAAGCGGGGAAUGCUGGCCACGGCCCCGCCCCCAGGCCCGCCUCUGCACAAAGACCUCUCUGUGAGUGGCCCUGUCAGGUGAGGGGGCUUAGCUCCCAGGGGCUCUUUAGGGGUGCAGUGGAAUGGGUUGGAGAAGGGAAGGCCUGAGGGGUGGCUUCAAGCUUUAAUGGAGUCCAGGAAGGAAAGGAAGCUGAGACCUGGCCAUGGUCUCACAGGACAGUGGACUCAUUCCCAGACAGGCUCCUGUUCUGCUUCAGUCAGAGCCCACAGCCCCCCCCCCCCCCCCCCCUGUCCUGCCAGGCCUCCGCAGACUCCCCGGCCCACACAUGCUUCUGAGGCUGAUCCACUGAGUCUCCCAUCUUCACAACAUAGGGACUGUUUCAGUCCCCCCCCCCCCCCCGACCCUCCUGU